AUGUCUGCCACAACUACCCCAACCGCUCAGCAGGUUCUCAUCCCUGAGACUCUCUUGAAGAAGCGUAAGAGUCAAGCCAAGGAGAGAGAGGCACGAGCUGCAGAGACCGAGAAAGCCAAGAAGGCCAACAAGGAGAAGCGUGGUGUCAUCUUCAAGCGUGCCGAGAAGUACGUUAAGGAGUACCGCGAUGAAGAGCGUGAGAAGAUCCGUCUUGCUCGUGUCGCCAAGCUCUCUGGUUCUUUCUACAUCCCAGCCGAGCCCAAGUUGGUCUUCGUUAUCCGUAUUAAGGGUAUCAACAAGAUUGCACCAAAGCCUCGCAAGAUCCUCCAGCUCCUCCGUCUUCUUCAAAUCAACAACGGUGUCUUUGUCCGCAUGACCAAGGCUACCCUCGAGAUGCUUAAGGUUGUCGAGCCAUGGAUCGCCUAUGGUUACCCCAACCUUAAGACCGUCCGUGAGCUCGUCUACAAGCGUGGUUACGGUAAGGUCGACAAGCAACGUAUUGCUCUUACCGACAACUCUAUCAUUGAGACCAACCUCGGCAAGUACGGUAUCGUCUGUAUGGAGGAUUUGAUCCACGAGAUCUUCACUGUCGGCCCCAACUUCAAGCAAGCCGCCAACUUCCUCUGGCCAUUCAAGCUCAGCAACCCAACUGGUGGUUUCCGCCCAAGAAAGUUCAACCACUACGUUCUUGGUGGUGAUCUCGGUAACCGUGAGGAGAAGAUUAACGCUUUGGUUAGACAAAUGAACUAA